CAGGCUGAUCUUGUUACAUUGUAGCGCGGCGUCACUGUGCGUCAUACAGAGGAAGAGCGCUUGAUCCGGGCGAAUAGAACGUUUUUCAACUUUUCAUCGGAUACCUUGUCAUUCUUCAGCUGCUCGAGAACGUUUGGAGCGCGGAGGAGCGAAGCUGAUUUCCGCAGCGGACGCGGGGGGGGGGUUCGUUGUCGGUCUUGACCACCGAGAUCCCCGUGGAUGACCUCCAGAACCAUGUAUCCGCACGGAAGACCCCAGGCUCCGCUGGUGUCAGGCCACGCCGGUGUGAAAUUCACAGUCCUGGAAACUCUCGACCAUAUAAAAGAGGAAUUCCAGCUGUUCCAGGCCCAGUAUCACAGUCUGAAGCUGGAAUGUGAGAAGUUGGCGAGUGAGAAAACUGAGAUGCACAGACAUUACAUCAUGUAUUAUGAAAUGUCUUACGGGCUGAACAUUGAAAUGCAGAAGCAGGUUAGUGAUGGCACUGGACAUCAGCAUCAGGUGGCUCAAGCAGUGGAAAGAUCCAAACAUGUUAGCAUGGCUGAACUCAACGCUAUCAUCGGGCAGCAGCAGUUCCAGCAUCUAUCCCAUCAUGCCCCGGGCUUCCCUCUGACGCCACACCCCUCAGGACUGACCCUGGGAGUGGGUGCGAGCCUCAUGGCUCUUCCCGGGGCCUUCCCGUUCCCCCCACACCUGGUGCCUAAAGAUGACCUCACUCACCCUGAGCCCCUGGACUCCAGAGUUUUUGAUGACGUCUUGCACCGUCUGUGUUUGCAGAAAAGUGCGUCACCCGCAGGACUCUCUCCCAGAUCGACGGAAGGGAAUGGACUGACCAGCUCUCCGGUCCUCCGGAAGAAUCCAUCCAGAGAAGGCUCUUCCUCCCCUCGCUCUCAGCCGCGCUCGCCUCUCUGCAAAAGCCCCACUCAGGAGAAAGUGAGAUCUCCGUCUCCUUCAGCGUCCCAUGAAUCACUCUCUCCUGGCUCUCCAGCACCUCCCCGCCCUCUCUCGUCCUCCGCCCGCGGCCCGUCUCCCGCUCUCAAACACUAGGACCCACUCCAGCCCAUGGAGUGAGACUAGUGAAAGACCGCCGCUACCCCUCCCCAGCCCGCCCUUCCCAGAAUGCACGGGGCCAGUCCCAGAAUGCACCGGGGCGGCCCCAGAGCACUCGGGCCUGGGCAUCAGGUGCCUUGUCAGAAGCCCUUCAUCCAUCCUCGUGGCCCUCCGAGCCGAACUCUGAGCGAACCACAUCUGUGUUCUCACACGCCGGGCGUAAUCAGCCAAUCAGCUGUCUGUCUGACAGCUCUGUCAGCCAAUUAGAAAGAAGGCUGAAUAUUCUGUGUGACAGGCUUCUCCGUGUCAUCUCCCACACAGAAAUGGACUGAGAUGCUUUUACUGCCAAUUUUGUCAAAACGAGUUCAAAACAAA